GCGGGUGGGAAGAAACAACAACGCUUCCCGUAACUGAAGCGAUCCAGUUUUCUCCAAGUCAGGAAAUAUAAGAACUGCUGCGCAGCGGUGGAUCACGCCGCAGCUCCUAAGGGACGCCAAACGGAAGGAUUGGUUUUUGUCACUUUUUAUUUUAUUUUUUUCUAAUUUCAUUUGAACUUUCACCGGUGUACAUACAUGUCGACGGCGUGCGUGCGGAGCCCGGACGGGCUGCUGGUCAUCACUCAGGUUUUCUCCGCCGACGCCGGCGGCGCGAGCCUCGCCCCGCCCCCGGACAAAACCGCCCCGCCGGAAGUGUCUAGGAUGGCGGCCGCCUUCCUCCGCGGGGAGCCGCAGUCCCUCGGAAUUGUGCAGAUCUUCAUAGGGUUGGUGAUUGUGAUGGUCAGUAUGUCAGCCGUACUGUCGCCCAGCCAGCUGGUUCAGGCGCCACUCGGCAUGGGCAUGACUUUUGUCUUGUCGGGGUCACUGGCGUUGGCCGCCAGGAAAGGGACCAGUCUGGGUCUGAUCAAGGCGACCCUGGCGACCCACAUCCUCAGCGUAACAGUGGCACUGAUGGGAGUCGGGUACCUCUGCUGGCGGCUGUCAGUUCGCUUGAGCGACCAGGAAUUUUGUGGCUUGGAUGACAUGCACUACGACUCCAGAAGCCGUGGUGGCUCCAAUUGCAUUAGUGCAGUGCGGAUGCUAAACAUGAUUUUGGAUGGAGUCCAGGGCCUAGUUUUGAUUCUGAUGGUUCUGGAGACGUGUGUGGCCAUCACACUCUGUGUGUUCUCCGGCAAAGCUAUCAGUCGAGGCGGGAGCUACAUGAUGGUUCCUCUUGAGAGUGGCAGUCCUCAAGCAGCCAACCCUGCGUCAGAGUCUGACAGUAAUGUGGUCGUAUUGGAUGACGCCGCAGAGGAGUCCGCCUCCACCCCACCCCCAUACAGUCCAUAAUGUGGCAGCCACGCUACCAAACGCUGCUGUGCGAUGACACCAACCGCUUCCCCCACUGGUUAUAUUGCUGCUGCUUGUCAUGGUAAUGAGACUCGGUUAUGUGCAGAGCGUUCGCUCGCUCGCUCGCUAUUGUUCAAGUUAUUCUUCUCUGAACCUUAUGUGGUUGAUAAAAGUGCUGUUGGCUUGAAAAUGGAUUUAAACUGACUGAAGCAUACCCAGUAGGAAAAUUGCUGUGGCCCGGACCCGUCCCACACCGACACUUCAUCCGGCCCACAUACCCCGUGGAAUGAUGGCACUUGGGCGGUCCGCUCCUGUUUGCCAGAUCUGGGCCAGAACCAAGCCAUAGCAGUGCCGCAUGUGCCACAUAUUUGCCAAAGGUGGCCCAUAUUUGUUUUGUGAUAUGUUCACCAUUUACCACACGGGCCACUUCAGGGUCACAUCCAGAUUACAUUUUGCCCAGAGCACCGCAUCUUUGCCAAAAAAGGCCCACAUUUGAUUUGGCAUAUUUGGGCCAUAUUUGCCACACGUUUAUAUAUACAUGUGGGCCACUUCAGGCUCACAUCUGUUUUGUCGGGGCCAGAAGAAGGCCAUCAGUGCCGCAUCACUGCCUGAAGUGGCCCACAUCCGGAUGCUGUCAGGGUAGUUGGAACUUUUGUUGGUUUACUUGUUUUAUAACCACUUUUAUUGUUGCCUCCCAUCUUAUGUGCCAUGCUUUCACUAUUUGUUAAGCGUCUUCAAUAAAAUGAAAAACAUGA